GAUGGACCAUGGCAUGGGCUUUGACAGGCGGACAAACAUCCGCAAACAAUACAGGACCUAACCAGCAACAGCUGAACUCCUUCCAGACACUCUCAUCCCCUCAAUUGUUUCCCGGCACCUCAGCAGGUCACACCUGCGAUUCCAUCAUGUCAACACUACACGAUGCAAUUGAAGCUCUGGCCAAAUUCCAUGUGAAAGAGCUGUUAGUGGAAGUGGAGCACAUGAAGCACGCUAUGAGUACUUACCUGCGGGGGCGCCAGUUUCUUGAUCAAAUAGAGGCUGAUUGGAGCUUUUGAAGCAGUGUAUCACUACAUUGAGUAUUUUUUUGAUUGAGCCUGU